AUGGCGCCAUCUCUACGGUAUCGACGAGACGAACUCGACGACAACCAUGGCAUCCCAGCCUCGGCUUAUCUCGGGGAGCCUCUAGGGGCCCUCGCCGGCGGCUUGGUACUGUCCUUCGGCGCCAUCUCCGUCGUAUCCUGCUUCCUCACUCAGAGGUCGCCGGCUAUGAAGACCUGCUGGCGUUUGCCACUUAUCGUCUGGCUUGUCCUUGCGAUACACGCCAACUCGUGGAUCUUCACAUUCGUGGUAACCGUCGUCCGUUACGGCGUAGGAAUCAACUCGAGCCCGAGCAUCUGCUCGGGCUCCAUUAUCCAGUGUUUAUCAUCCUACCUUAUUACUAAAGUGCGGCUGGCCUGCUCUCCCGUCUACCUCCUGGCAACCCACGAGCGCAACCCGACAUUCUUAGCCGUGUGUGUCUUGAACUUCGUCUUUCGCAUCGCCCACGUAGACGACGAUGGCAGAUGUAUCAUCGGCGUGCAGAAGCAGGCGUUGCUGCCACUCAUCAUGUUUGACUUCACCGUCCACACCUACCUCACGAUCCUAUUCCUGGCCCCGCUGCGAAAUAUAUACUCCUCGAAGAACCUGCAGCUAGCCCGCACUCCAGCCAACCUGUCUCGGCUGCGCGCCGUAGCUGUGCGGAACCUCGUCGGCGCCCUAAGCGCGACGAUAGUCAGCGCAAUAAACCUCGGGGUUCUCGCUGCGCUUGGCGGCGAGCCAGGAUGGGUGUGCCUGAUGUGCUACAAUGCGGACGUCCUCUUCUCCGCCGUGGUGGUUCAAUGGAUCACGUCGCGCGACAAUGUCGGCGCCGCGAUCCGGACCACUCUACCGGGCGAGUGCCCCGUCCCCUCAGCGCCGACGCCCGCCUUCUUGUGCCCCGACGCCCGGCUACUGCGGCACCCGUCGCUGUCGUCGCCGCCUCACCCUCAUACGAACACGGCGACGCCGCCGUGCGACAAUCGGAGUGACGGCGGAACCAGCAGCAACAGGAGCCCGAGCCCGGGCAGGAGCAGCCAGAGCCGCAGAAACAGCGCCGGGAGCAGCGGCGUCAGCGAGAAGAGGCUGGCUAUCUCGCGGCCCCUCGCGGCGACGAGCACCUUUCAGUACGAGCGCGUAUUCCGCGACGACCGGGAGACCCGAGGCGCCGCGGCGGACAGCGCAGCCGAGGCCGUCGCUAGCGGGAUGGAUCGUCUCCGGCUGGAUCCGGCAGGCCGAAGUGUUCCAGCCACCGUCAGCACCGAACCCGCCGCGCCGGCGCCAGACGCAGGGAGUGACGGACGGCGCGAGACGGGGGGGGCGACGUGGGCUUCGCAGCGGGGACAGCGGCGGAUGCAGACGCGGACGAGGUCCCACGGACCCCUCGGCGGCGCGGCGGCCGGACAGGCGACGCAGGGCGGGGGCUCCGGCGCCGGCGCGACGGAGCUACGUGGCGGCGACAACGGCAACGGCAACGCCUUCCGACUGCUAUCCUCGCUGACGGCCUCCCCCGCGUACCCGUCCCUCUACGCGUCGUCCUGCUACCCCGCGACCUCGCCGCCGCCGCCCUACGUCUGCGCUGCCUCGGCCCGCUCCCCGCCGCGGCCCGUCUGCGGCAACACGGAGGACCUCCGGCGGCAGCCGCAGGCGUGCGCGUACCGCAUCGGCGACCUGGCGUUCGACGGGGCGCGGGGGCCGGCGAAGCCGGGCGACGGCGCCGGCGCGAGGGAGAUCGAGGACGUGUUGGACGCGCGCUGGCGCGACCCGCUGCAGCUGGGCGGGGGCUCGGCCGGCGAGGGUGCCGACACGGGCGGUUGGAUCUGA